ACAUUCGCCUCGUCUGUGUGAUUUUGAUGAAAAAAGGUCUUGUUUAUUAAAAAAAAUGUGUUUGCGCUAAAAAUGUGAAGAAAAUAAACGUUUAUUAAUAAGAAAAGAAAUAUUUUAUUUGUUUUCUAUAAAAUGAUUUACGAAAAACCUCUUAAAGUUUAAGUAAAAGAAGAAUAAAACAAAAUAUUAAAAAAAUUAUUUUAUAUUAACAAAAAUCAAAGUGUUGUACAAUGGAAGAACUAAAUUUGGAUUUUCUUAAAACACCUCCCAAGCAAGGACAUUCUGUGCCAAGGAUACAAACUCCAUGUAAUUAUAAUGCACUGGAUGUAAGAUUUAGCAAAAAGAAACCGGCUUCUAGAAAAUUUGAAAUGGCGCAAACUAUAGCCAAAGUAGAUGAAUUAUUGCAGGAAAUUGAUAAACUUCGCAGUCAAAACAAUGGCUUACAGGAAAGACUAAAAGAUUUCCAACAGACAGCACAACAAGUCCAGCAGCUGUAUAACAAAGAAAAACACGAGCAUGCUAAAGCCAAACAAAAUUUAGAAAAACUACAAGUGGAAUACGAUAAAAUUGAUGAGGAUUUAACAAAUAAGACUUUGAUGAAUGAGCAAAUGAAGGCACGUUUAGCACAGUACGAUGGACGACCCAUAAAUUUUGAUAAUCUGGUAGUUAAGUAUGUAAGAAUGAUGAAGAAGCUAGAGGCGGAAGAUAUAUUGAAAUAUUUACCUGAUAAAGAUUUAGUCGAAAGACUUAAGGAAUACUGUGCCACCAUGAAACUAAAAAUAGCACCCAUUAGUAGUCCCAAAAAAGGCAAAACGAGGAGUAAUAAAAUUAAAACUCAGGAAAUGUUUAUACAGUGUGAUCUAUUAAAAUCUGCAGCAGUUUGUUUAAACUGUAGCAAUAAACCUAAAAUGCAAGAUCAAAAUAUACAAUGUUCCACACCACCAGCCAUCAAACAUGACCAAACUACACAAUUUACUUCUUCCGCUAAACAGGAAUGUCUAACUUGUAACAACAAACCAAAAUUAAAAGAUCAAAAUACACAAUGUUCAACAACAACAACAACAGCAACAAAACGUGAUCAGGCUUCUCAGUACAUAAGCACCAUGAUUACUCGACAAACUAAUACUGAAAAGAUUGUACAAAAACAUGUACAAACCAUGUUUCCAGAACCACAAAAAAUUCCGGCAAUUGAUGAUAUAUUGAACGUCUAUUCCAGAUGGUCUAACAUAAGAUCUGUAUCACCUUUGUUGGAAUCACCACCUUCACGUAUUAAAAAGGAUAAUAACAAAAAGUCCAUAAAUACCGGCACUUGCACAAUGUUGUGUAAUAUAAGAAGAAAAAUUGAUUAUCUACCACCCAAUCAGGCCAAUAAUAUUAAACAGGAAAUUAUUACUCCUUCAGCCUCUCCAACGCCAAAUACAAAUCCCAUAACAGCCUCAAAUAGAUCCCGCAUUAGUUCACUUUCAAGUCAGGUUGCUAGCAAUCAAUAUGCUAGCUCUAUAUUAAAUUUAUUCAAUGCUAAUACAAAUUCAGCUCUGGGUCAAUUAUCGUCAAAUGCUUUUAAUGAACUUUGGCAAAUAUUUGGUAAAAUGCUUUUGAGUUUAUUACAAACAAGCAAUGCUGGCAUUGCAAAUACAAAUCAAAAUUCCGCUUUAAAUCAACAACAGUUCCUGGAUUGGCUGCUGGAUUUAUAUGUGAAUUCUCAGCCGCCAAAUACCUCUACAAUAGAGACGCAAACGUUGCAGCAAAUGGAUAAUUCUAAUGACUCUAGGCGAAGUCCCAUACGUUUUAAUGAAUCUUCUGUUUUGUCAACAAAUGUUGUGAGACCAGAAGCUCAAAAAAUCUUAACUGCUAGAACUAAUACUGGAGAAGGAGAAAGUGUUGAGCCUUUAAGAGGUGACUCUAUAAGAGAAAACUCUCAUCAUAUUCAGCUACAAAGAGCCUCAAUUAGCCCAAUUCCUACUAGCAUUACAACUUCAAGCGUCCUCUUAGAAAACUAUUCACAGGAUUCCAACUCCAUGGACAGAGAAAUACAACAAAUACACAAUGCCUCAAAUACAACUGAAGUACACACUCCUUCCAAAAAGUCCAACAUAACAGAUGAAGAAAACACACUUAAACCGCACAAAAAAUCAUCAAACAAACCGAAAACUAAACACAAACUAUUGGAAGAAAUACAAGAGCUUAUACCGGAACUUAAUUUAAAUAAAAAGAAACGUAAGGCUUUAAAAAGAUUACUUAAAACUAAAGAUCAUCGCAAAAAGUCACAUGAAACAAGAAAAUCUAAACAUUCUAAAGCUGACAUCAACAAGCAACCUUCUGUUGUGGUAUUAUCGAAUGAAACUAUACCAAAUGAAAGCGAAGAAACUGCCGUAGAUUUUCUAAAAACAUUCGCUCUUAAACAAGAGGAAAAUAUCUCAGAAACUGAGAAAAUUUUCUUAGAACAAAGUUCAAUUAAAGAGAAAGAAAAAAUCCAGGAAGAAUUUACUUUUAUUAAACCCUCUAGCAGUUUACCACGAACUAAACUAACGACUAGAAAUGACAAGGAUUCAGAAAGAAAGCGUAAAAAAUCUAAAGCUUGCAAAAAUAUAGCCGACAAGUAUCAAUUACUAUUUGGUGAUUCAGAUAGUGAAAUAGAAGAGCUAGAAAUGGAGGAGAACAAUGCCAAAACUGUGAUAAAAACUAAACUAAAUUUAAGUGAAGAGGCUUAUAAAGAAGAUAUUAAUAUUAAUGACAACUUUACAGAAUAUACCACAAAUUGGUCUAAUGCUGAAGUGAUAAAUUCUACAAAUUUGUCACAAACUAAUGGUUACGAAGAGAGUUAUGACUCGAAAGCCUGUAGUGAUUAUGAAUCUUGUCAUUUAACUUUAAGACAGACACCAGAGCAACAAUUUUCAUUGCCUAUUUUAAAUACUCCAGUUUUCGAAAUGUCUCUUGAUGGCUGUGAAAAUAUCCCUGAAAGGUUUACAAUACCCGACUUACCAACACCUUUAUUAAAAAGACUGGAAUGUGAGCAUCUGCCCCAAAUGGAAUUGUUUGCAAAUGUUAAAGAUUCUAUAGAAUCAGAUGUGCGUUUAAGGGAGAUCGAACAGGAUUUGCAAAUAUCUUCAGAUGAUUACAAUUGUAAGGCAGAUGUGACUGAAACAAAUAAUGAUAAUUUAGUUAAUAAUGAAAUUGAAGUUCCUAACGUCGGGUUAAAACAAACACAAGUCAUUGCUACACAAACUUCUACUGAGGAAUCUUGCACAAACACUACAAAGUUAAAGGAAACUACUAAGAUAGUCUGUGUGGAGAAUAGUAUUAACUGUUUGCCAAACUUAAGUGAUGAUACUGCUGCGGAGAAUGGUUGUAUUGUAGAAUCACAACAGCAAGAUUUUAAUAACUCUGCAAUGUAUGCCAGUGAUUUUGAAAAAGAUCUGGAACUAUCAUCAGACAAUGAAAGCCAAAAAGAACUUAGUAACGCUCCUUUGUAUUGCAGUAAUUUUGAAAAAGAUCUGGAAUUAUCAUCAGACAAUGAAAGCCAAAGAGAUGUUAGCAACGCUCCUAUGUAUAUCAGUGAUUUUGAAAAGGAUCUAGAACUAUCUUCAGACAAUGAAAGCCUUAUAAAUGAAAGUUUUUGUAAUGACACAAAAGAAAUAAAUCAGGAAUUAGAACAAGAAUUAUCAAACCAAAGUUGCAACAAAACAUUGGCUGCAACUACUUCAACUGAGUCAGACGAUGAUGAAAGGAUUUCUAAUGAAAGUGAAGAAAGUGAAAUACCUAAGGAAAGUUUUAACCAAACUUUUGACUCUAAUAUCUCAACUGAUUCGAAUGAAAAAAGGAUUUCUAAAGAAAAAGAAGAAUGUGAAUCACCAAGUAAAUUUCUAGAACAAACAAAAGGCAAACCAAUAGAAGGAGGAGCAUAUCAUCAUUUACUGCAGGAAGUAGAUAAUAACUUUGAUGUUAAUACAAAAUCGGCUCAAGAGGUAAUAAAUAAUGAUAGCUGUAACCCCAGUCCAAGUAAUUUAGAUAAAUCCAACUCUAUUAAGGAACAUUCAUUAUCUUGCUCGGUCAUUACCAAAAAUGACUCCACAAUAAUAGAUAAAAUAGAAUUAACUAAAUCGCCAGAAGGAACAGGAUAUAAUCCUUUAAAACUAAGUGCCGUUGAAGAAAACAACCCUAAAUUCCUACAGCAAACAGAAAACAACUUGAAGGUUAAUAGAACUUUCACUCAGGAGCUAAUAGAGGCUGAUAGCACAACAUCCAGUACAAGUAAUUUAGAAAAAACAAACUCAAGAGAGGAAAAUUCCUUGUGUUGGUCUGUAAUUACCAUAAAUGAUUCAACAGUAAAGGAUAACACUUUAAACAAAACAGAAUUGCCCAAAACACCAGAAAAGAAGAGCGUUAAGGAAGCUGGGGACAAAGUUAAAAGUUCAGGUUUAACAAAACUUAAACUUUUAGAUUUAAAUAAUUCUAUAACUAAAGAAAUAGGAGAAUCAAUGAAGCCCUUUGGAAAAGUUUUAAAAAGUCCGGAAUAUAAAAGGAACUCUAAUAGAACUUUUGAAAAAGAUUUAAUAAACAAUCAAGAUCACUUGAAACCCCCGGAAGGAAAUUUAUCAACUGUACAAAGGAAUUCCAUAAAUUUUGAAAAUGAAGUCUCCAAACUAAACAAAGAACUUAUUUUAAAUACAUCUCUGGAUACUGAAGAUGAAACGGAUGAAUUAAUGAUCGAUGAAGAUCAAAAUGACUCGAAUUCAAAGGAAACAAACACCGAACUAAUGAAAUCUAAUGAAAAUUCGGAUGAAACUAUAAAUUCAUCUAAUAUUUCCACAUUAUUAAAUAGUUCUCUUUAUAAUGAGGUGCUAACAGAGUCGCUGAAUCCUAUAGUAGAUGAUUUACUUAAGAAUGAUGUAAUGGAACCCGACAAUAAACCCAAAAGAGGAAGAAAACGUAAAAGUGAAUGUUUAGCUGAAGUAAUACCUUGCAAGAGAUCACAACGUUUAAAGGCCAAACAAAUGAUAUUGGAAGAAAGUUUAAAUCUAAGUAAAACUCCUAUCAAACUGGGUAAAUAUACAAAGAUAAAUAAAAAUGUAAAUAAUGUUCUAAAGGAAGAAGCUAAAACUAAAAUUGUAAAAAUGAAAAGUGAAACUAGCGAAACGAACUGCAAAUUAAAGGAAAAUGAAGCUGCUAUAGAAAUGGGUUUCUUUCGGGAAAGAUUAACAGAAGAUAAUAAAGAUAUAAAGAAACUGGAAAACCAUAAAAGCUUUCUAGAAAACGAAAUGGAGCCAACUCUAGAAAAAUCCGAGUUAGAUGAAAGUAACUCUCUUAAUAUAACAAAAAUGUCCAUAGAUACUAAUGAUUUAAGAGAUACCGAACAAAAAGCCCUUGAAUUAACCUGCCACUACCAACACACUAGUACUACUGCCACAAAAGAUACAAAUUUUGUUUAUUCCGAUUCUCCACAAUCUCCUCCUCCUCCUCCUCCUUCUACCUUAGAAAGUAACAAUGAAACUUCUGUUAACAUACCCAGCGAACGUCUUUCACCUUUUAAGCCUCAAACCAACAAUCAAACUCUAUUCGAUGUUCUAAUCGAUUCCUAUAGAAACGACAAUCAAAAACAUGUCAUAGAAUCCCUAAGCACCAAAGAAAGUCAACGUCAGAAAAAUCUAUUAACACAAUAUCACAAAGAAAUCAAUGCAUUUUGUUAUUCAGAAAUGGAAUUGGAUCCUAAUUGCACCUCCAUACGUUUAAUUAACAAACUUUUAAGUAUUUCACCCGAUUACGGGCUCAUACAGAAAACUUUAAUAACUAUAGCCCAAAAUUCGGAAGGUACAAAUGUACAGGAAAACGAAUUACCCUCGAUAAUACAAGAAAUGCCUCCGCGACAUUUGUCCAAAUGUUUACAACGUUUAUUUGCUUUGCUAAGCCAUCUAACAGCAAGGAAUGCUCGCUUUUGUCAAGAUUUAAUUGAUAAAAUAGAACUGCUGCUCUUUAAUUGGAAGCAAAUGGAAAAUUUAUCUUUACAAGCCACCUUGAAUUUGACACAACUCUAUUUAAUGGCCUGUAAAGUUCAGGAAUAUGUACAAAUGCCUAAACAUCCAGCUCGCCUCUUUAUAGCUAAAUGUUUGUAUUUUUAUUUGCUAAAAUCCACCCUUAUGAUUCAUGAAGUACUGAUGUGGUAUCCUACCGUCUUGCCUCAUCGUGAGGAUAAAACCUAUGAUCGUUCGGAUGCCUUAAUAAGUGUUAUACAACAAAUUCUAAUGAGCACGAAAUAUGACAUGGAUAAACCGGAUUUACGUGGUAAAUCUUUACUCUCUAAGCUGCGCUAUGAAUAUCACUUUGAACCCUUUAAACCCGCCUUAGAAGAAGUCAUCAAUGUUUUGGUGGAGAAAUUAAAAAAUUCCAAAUUUUAUAACAUCUCUCUGGCCUUUGGUUUAUUGUGUAAGCGUUUAGGUGUUCCUAGGACACAACAGCUUAUACUUGGCCAACACUUACUACCGCUGGUAAAUGAAUACUACAGUUUAGCUUUGAAAAGCACAGAGUAUGAUAAACGUAUUGCCGUAUUAUUGGAAAUUAUAUCGAUGAUUGUUAAACCAUUUCCCGUGGAAACCGAUGCUAAAAUCUAUUUCAAUGAAUUUGCUCGUUUUCUUAACGGCUUUGAGCGUCAACUUAUUCAGGAGGCUGCCUUGUGUUCCAUCUUACGUCUGCAACGUUUCGAUCUGGAAUAUUGUUAUAAUUUACUGUGUCAUUUUCAACCCACCUACGAUUUAAAUACUCACACUCAGGCUAUGUUAAAGACAUUUCUACAUCGUCGUCCUUUAAACUAUUGGAAGAAUUUGAAGUCAAAAUAUCCUAAUUAAUAUAUACGUUAAGUUAAUUAAUAAGUGUUAAUAGUAGUUUAACGAUUAAAUAUUUUAUUAAGGCAGUUUUAUUUAAGUAUUUUUGUAAGAUAAAUAAAUAAAAGCAAUAUUUGCUAUUUUAAAGGAAAUUGUUGAAAUCUCCUUGAA